CCAACCUCCCCCAGAGGUCCAGAAAAGAGGGAGGGAGAGAGAAAGCGAGAGACAGCAAGCCACAGCCUCCUGGCCCCAGACGGCUGGGCCAGGGCGCCAGGGCUGCACGCAGCAUGUGGGAGCUCCGCUCCAUAGCUUUCUCCAGGGCUGUGUUCGCAGAGUUCCUGGCCACUCUCCUCUUCGUCUUCUUUGGCCUGGGCUCAGCUCUCAACUGGACUCAGGCCCAGCCCUCUGUGCUACAGAUCGCCAUGGCCUUUGGUUUGGGCAUUGGCACCUUGGUGCAAGCUCUGGGCCAUGUCAGCGGGGCCCAUAUCAACCCCGCCGUGACGGUGGCCUGCCUGGUGGGCUGCCAUGUUUCCUUCCUUCGAGCCAUCUUUUAUGUGGCUGCCCAGCUGCUGGGGGCUGUGGCCGGGGCUGCUCUGCUCCAUGAGAUCACUCCAGCAGAAAUCAGAGGGAAUCUGGCCGUCAAUGCCCUCAACAACAAUGCAACCGCUGGCCAGGCCGUGACGGUGGAGCUCUUCCUGACCCUGCAGCUGGUCCUCUGCAUCUUUGCCUCCACUGAUGAGCGCCGUGGGGACUGCCUGGGCAGCCCUGCCCUCUCCAUUGGUUUCUCUGUGACUCUGGGCCACCUUCUUGGGAUCUACUACACUGGUUGCUCCAUGAAUCCUGCCCGGUCCCUGGCUCCAGCCGUCGUCGUUGGCAAGUUUGAUGAUCACUGGGUCUUUUGGAUCGGACCCCUGGUCGGCGCCAUCCUGGGCUCCCUCAUCUACAACUACGUGCUGUUCCCGUCGGCGAAGAGCCUGUCGGAGCGCCUGGCGGUGCUGAAGGGCCUGGAGCCCGACACCGACUGGGAGGAGCGCGAGGUGCGGCGGCGGCAGUCCGUGGAGCUGCACUCCCCGCAGAGUCUGCCGCGGGGCAGCAAGGCCUGAGCGCACGCGCUCCUGCCGCGGCCCCAGCGUUCCGGAACGCCCACCCGGCCCGUGCUUUCCCCUAGGCCCCAAGGUGGCCCCCAGUACAGAGUAGCUGCUUCCUGGACCAGCGCUGUGAGUGGCAGGAUGAGGGGCACAAGAGGGUGGCCCCCACGCCCGUGAUCCUGAUAGAUCCCCUGUCCUGAGGCUGGGGACCCAGGGCACCCCGGCUCCUGGCAGGGUCCUGGGGACCUGGGAUGGGGAGGAGAGGAGCGGCUCAGUGGAAAGCCUGCCCCGGGGUAUGUGGGUAACGUAUACAGGCAAGUGGGUGUUUCCAUCUGGGAAUGAUGCACCCCGUUCUGUGUUCAUCCCCCUGCCCCCCACCCCCACCCCCGCCCGCAUUGCCUGAGCCUGUGCAGGUUCACCUGGGGUGGCGUAGCUCGGGGGGACUUCUCACUUCCCUAGACGCCCCUCCUCUUGCACCUGCAAUAAAGCCACUUAUCUACAGCAGAUGAGUCCACGGCAGCUAGCCCCAGGAGAAGGGGGAAAAAGAUCUCCACACCCCCCUACCUUGUCCCUUCUAGAAAAUCUCCCCCCCACCCCAAGCUGCCACCAUGGGCCCCCAAAACUUGCCAGGACCCAUUGCUGGAAGUAGAGAGGUGUCAGCCAGAGGACAGCUUCCUUAGAAAUGGCCUCUGGAAAAAGGAGGACUGGGUGGCCAAGGGUUUCCUUUGUGCCCCGAGGGAGGCUCUUCAAAGGGGGAAGCAGGCAUAUGUAGGCACAUGCAUGCAUAUGUGUACAAGAACCUCCUUGGGGGGCAGGGGGGUUGGCAGACCCAGGGAUUAAUCUUCCACUUGAGUAGAGAAACCAAAAACCCUUUGUGGGCCCCCAGCUUUUGUCUUGGGGAAAGGGGGAGAUUUGCAACUAGACACUUCUUGAAAGGAGACACUCAGUUUCGCAAGUGAGCCCUCUGGCCAAGCCCACACCUAUGGCUGGCUGGGCAAGGCACUCAGGCAUGCAGUCAUGGACACCAGACAACACCCCUCCAUCACCUGUUCCCCUCUCCUCCCCAGCAGCAUUCCUCCCUCCCCCUUGUUCCUCCUCCUUGCUCUGCCCCCCCCCCAUCAGCUCCCACCAUCUAGAGUCAUCCUGGACCUCACAGCCUGCUGCUUGUCAGGACCAGUAAAGGGAAAUGGCUUGUCCAGGCAGAGGCAGAUCUUAGCCUAGAACCCCCGCUUCUAAAUUUCCAGCCUAGCACAAUGAUUCUCAAGUGAGAUUAACUCAAGUGAGCUGAAACCAUGCAUUUUAAAGAUGCUGUCAUUCUUAAUACCAUUAUAUGCAUCACUAGGAUUUAAAAAAAAAUUAAUUCUGCUUCCUCAGAGGCUGGGAAGGGCAGCCUCUCCUCCUUCUUCCUUUUGUUGGUGGUCAAAGUAAAGGAGAAUUCCCUGGGAGUCCCAAGGUCCAGGCAGAAGGAGAUGGAUUUUGAGGAUGGCUUCAUCCUGGUCUAGCCUCUGAACUUUUUUUACCCUAAAUGCAAACUGGCAAUUCUAUUUCCUUCUUCCCCUAUCACCCAGAUCCAUCCAUUCCCUCCCUUCUGCUCUAACCUGCUGUAUAACUAAGUUAGGGAUCAUGAGCCUUGUUCUCCAUGCUUUCUGAUGUCCUCUGGCUUUCAAGUCUUCUGUCUGUGUCUGUCCCCUACUAUCCCAAGCUCCCAGGAUAUCAGGCACCAGGGCUCUAGCUUUUCCAUCAGGCACCCCCACCCCAAACCCAAUGCACUAUGGCUGGAAUAUCUUUGUUAGUAUGCUUCUUUCUUUGUCCUUGAACAAAACUCUUUUUAGAGGCAGGAUAAAGCUGUAGGUUCUCCCCAGACCCAACAGCUGGUAACAGGUCUCACCGUUGGGGGAAAGAUAGGGUCACAGACCCCAGUGACCUCUGAGGCCGUCCUUCUGGUAGCUGAGUGUUUUGUUCUGGAAGUUCAAAAGCAGCAAGGCACUCCAUCUUCAUUCCAUUUCACCCCAACACAUGGCUCUGGAAGGUGUCAAUAUUUCUGGUUGUAUCUAGGCCACUUCCUGGAUUUGUAUCUUCUUCAAAACAAAAUGUGAGAUUCUCAUCACUUCUAGCCCUUGUCCCAUAUUGGGGCCAGAGGUCAAAGCAAAAUUCCAAGAGAUGGAGUAGAGGGAAGUGGACAGUUUCUGGGCAAACCUGGGUAUCAGAAACUGAGCUGGCUGUCUUACGUGCACGAGCUUAUCUACUCUAAAACCUCACAGAUUCAGGAAAAACAAUGGCUUCCAGCUGUGCAAAGUUUUUACUAUUUCCAAAGCACUUGCUUAGCAUUCCUGCGACUGACCUCCCAAUCUUGUGACAGAGAGCAAAUAUUAUUCUCCCCACCUUACAGAUUGAGAAAGUGAGGCUGAGCAAUGGCCUACAGUCACAUAGUUUGUAUACAAUGGAGCCAACCUUUAGACUUGAGUCUUCUCAUGUUAAAUCCAUAAUCUUUCCACUGUGGCAGGCUCUCAGCUCCUCCUGGAAGCCCCCGGUGAAACAGAACACUCAGCUGGGCUUAUCUAGCCCACUCUAGUGUCUUGUGGUGGUCACAGAGCCUUGAAAAGGGUGGUGGCAAGGUAGAAAGGAAAUGACAAAGAACACAGGCUGGUUUCUGCCCUUGAAGAGCACCCAGUCUGGAGGAAGGUGGAGAUGAGACACACCCAGACCAAAUAGUGGCAGAGCAACAUGGGGGCAAGGUGGGGCUCUGAGCUGAGAGGAAGAGGUGACUGAUCACCAGGACCCAGCAGCAUCCAUGUGCAUACCCCUAAAUUUGUAACAGAUGACAUUGUGCUUGCCAAAGUUACUUUGAUGUUGCGUGUGCCUCUAAGCUGUGACUUACUGUAUAUACACACAAUGCCGCAAGCCCUUUGGAAGUAGAGCUCCUUAUAGUUUUUGGAUGGCAUCUCUCACCUACCUUUCCUUGUGAGUCUUAGCAAACACAAUACUCUCCGCUUAGUAAGCACUCAAUAAAUGUUCAUUUGUCAGUAAA